GUUUUUCAAAGAGCUUCCUUCCUGUGCGUUUCACUUUUCUUCUCUCAUUCUCAAAAAAAGAACACAUUUGUCAUGGCAAGCAGGUCAACAUUACAACGGUUCUGGCCAAAACGCACGCUUACCUUACUGCGGACACCCGUCAGGACUGCUGCUUUUUCAACAGUGACCAAAAUCCUUCACCAGCACCAGGCGCCCCGUCCCACCACUACUUCAGCCACAACUGGUUCUGACAACUUGGGCGAACCAGAAACCCAUUUUGGAUUUAAGAAUGUCCCUGAAAAUAUGAAGGAAACUCUAGUUAGGCAGGUAUUUGCCAAUGUCGCCACUAAAUACGACGUGAUGAAUGACGUUAUGAGUGGGGGAGUGCAUCGUCUCUGGAAGGACCACUUCAUGCGUACCUUGGCCCCAACUCCCGGGACCAAGCUUCUGGAUGUUGCUGGUGGCACAGGUGAUAUUGCUAUGCGUUUCUUGGAUUACUGCAAGGAAACUCAUGGCGAUGGUACUGCUCAGGUCACAGUCUUUGAUAUCAACCCCAACAUGUUGGAAGUCGGAAAGGAACGCUUUUCCAAGACACCAUACCACAAUACUUCACAGGUCUCCUUCAUGGAGGGCAAUGCUGAGAACCUGGAACAUAUUCCUGAUAAUUCUAUGGAUGCCUACACUAUUGCUUUUGGUAUCCGUAAUUGCACACAUGUGGAUCGUGUUCUUAAGGAGGCUUACAGAGUUUUAAAGCCUGGCGGACGUUUCAUGUGUCUUGAGUUUAGCAAGGUCGAAAACCCGGUCAUAUCCAAGGUCUAUGAUGUGUUUUCCUUUGAAGUCAUCCCAACCAUGGGUCAUAUCGUUGCAAAUGACAGAGAUUCUUACAAGUACUUGGUCGAGUCUAUCCGCAAAUUUCCUCCUCAGAAACAGUUUGCAAAGAUGAUCAAGGAUGCUGGAUUUACUGUUAUGGGUCAAGGAUACGAGGAUUUGACUUUUGGCGUCGCUGCCAUCCACUCUGGAUUUAAAUUGUAAAAGUGCUUAAAAAAGUAGAAAAAGGAAGGCAGCUAUAGCUCAUUUCGUGAUUUCAUAAAGUCUAAAAGUAUUUUAAACCAUCGCG